AGUCAGAAUACCUAAAUGUGUUUUACCAUUGAAAAGACAUUCAAUCGACAUACAAGAGGUUACUCCAGUAAUCACUUGAUGUUUACCUGAGUAACUGAGUAGGUUUUAAUUGCGGCCCGUCCAUUUUUCCAUACAAGAAACAUGUCACAACUUGUAAAAACCUUGUUCCCCAGUAAUUCAGAAACGAAUGGGCCAGGGUGGAUUUUGGAACCGAUUUUGACCCGUAUCUGUUACAGCAUCUUAUUCCUCGGGUCAAUUAUUGGGUUUCUUUUUAGAAGCAGACACAAGGAGGAUAGGGAGGGCUACCCGCCUCUACGAUCGCAAAUAUAUUUGCAACACGGUAUACGACACGUUCGAGAUUUGUGCUAUACUCCGCUGAAAACAGCUCCGGGUGAAUUUCUCACUAUAGAAGACCGCAAGCUCAAGGACGAUGGCGCUUGGGGGUUCGAAUACACCGGAAAGCUGAUCACGUGUGUGGACAUGGGGUCAUUUAAUUAUCUCGGAUUCGCCGCAAACGACGGAAAAAUUGUGGACGACGUGAUGAAUUCCAUGAAUACAUUCGGCUUGACAGCGUGCAGUACGCGCAAUGAAUUUGGCGAAUUUCCGGUUCACAAUGAACUGGAGAAAUUAGUAGCCAAAUUUUUGCGAGUUGAAGACGCCAUCGUGUGUGGGUCGGGAUUUGCUACGAAUGUUCUAAACAUUCCGGCAAUUAUGGAUGAGAACACCUUAGUUUUUAGCGAUGCUAAAAACCACUCGUCCGUGAUUAUGGGGUUGAGAUUGUCAAAAGCAUCGGUUCGCGUAUUCCGACAUAAUGAUUUACGCCAUUUGGAAAAACUUCUGAUCAAACUUUUCAAAUCCGGAGAGGUUCAUAAAUUUGAGAAAAUUGUCGUCGUAGUUGAAGGCGUGUACUCGAUGGACGGUUCCAUCUUGCAACUUCCGGAACUCCUGAGGCUAAAGGAAAUUUACAAGUUUUACAUUUACCUUGAAGAAGCUCACAGUUUCGGCGCCAUGGGUCCGAACGGAGGUGGGAUCGUCGACUAUUUUGACUGCGACCCAAACUCUGUGGACAUUUACAUGGGAACAUUUUCCAAAAGUUUAUGGGCAGCGGGUGGAUACAUUGCGGGUUCCCGCCAACUGGUUCAGCAUUUGCGAGAAAAUGGAUACUCUCACGCCCACGCGACUGCGAUGCCGCCACCGAUUGCGCAGCAAAUAAUCAGCUCCAUCCAAUCCCUAAUGGCAGACGGUGGCACCGCUCAGGUGGCGCGACUCAAGAGCAAUUCCACCUAUUUCAAGGAAAAACUGAUAAAGAGGGGAUUCUUCAUCUACGGCGAUCUGGAUUCUCCAAUUGCCCCAGUGGCUUGUCCACACCCAGCGAAACUAAUAUAUAUUGUUAGGGAAUUGAGGAACCGUGGAGUAAUUGCGGCGCCAGUUACUCACCCCGCCGUGGGUACUUUGGAGGGUAGAAUGAGAUUCUGCAUGAGUACAGCUCACUCCAAGGAGUCCUUGGAUUAUGUGGUAGAACAAUUGACUCAAGUGGCCGACCUCGUUUUCCUCAGAGACUUGCGAAUUGCGAAGAAAUCUAAGGAAAUUAUCUCCGCUAAGAAAUUUACAAAAAAUUUCGACUAAAACAAACCUACAAAGAAAUGAAAUCGUUCGCAAUUAAUUAUAUUGUGACACUAUAUAUUUAAAUACCUACUGAUAUGUGCAUACACAUUUCUGGAUACGUGCAUACACUCUUAGAAAAUUCAAUAUCUUUUCAUGAAGUAAAAUGGAACGUUAUGCGGUUUAAAGUAAACCUCACUUGAUUCGAAGUAAAAUGGUCAACUUCAUUCAAAGUAAUGACAAAACUCACCAAAUUUGAAGUAAAACCACUAUUUUCUAAACCAUAAAGUAAGCUAUUAUACCAUUUAGAGUAAGCAAACCCCAUUUAGGAUAUUCUUCAGACGCUGACUUUUCCCUCGCUCUCAUUACAACUCGCAGCUCAGCCAGUCAGUGCUGGUUAGUUAAAUUGAUAGUUAAUUAAUUAGUUAGUUAACUCAUAAGCAAAUAAUGGAGGAAACGAGGAGGUUAUUGCAACAAUUUGGACGGGGACGCUGAAGGGUAAGAAAUUCGCACAAUUUGCAUAAUUUAUACACAAAUUUAAUUUACAUUGCGUUUAAUUUUUUAUUUUAAUUGUCUUUAAACAGAUGACAAUAUUACGGACGAGACUCUGUUAAUAAUUUCAGGAGAAAAUUGUCAGGUUUUCUAGGUCAUUUUAGGUCGGCUUUGGAAUGCAUUGUACAAUUUGUGAGAACUUGGUAUAUCUUUGUUUUAAGUGCAAAACUAAUUUUAAACCUUUAGUAUAACAUUAAAAAAAUUAUCUUAAGUUAAUAGGGUCCAGCGUUUACAAAUAUCCUCACUAGUGGUUCAUAAUAAGGGUAAUUUGUAAUGCAAUGUUGAAUGUGAAAUAAAAUAUAUUAUUAAAGUACUAAUACUGCGACUACGCUUAAGUAACUUUUCCUGGGGUCAUCAAAGCAAGAAAGUAAAGUCAUAAUCAACGCGAUUUAGGGUUACGGUCGUUACCCUAUUGGGCGCUCAGUUACCCUGUGAAUAUUGUUACAGGGUAAAAUGGCUUACUUUGUGGCCGAGAGAGAGCGAUUCGCUAUAAGUGGGGUAGUGGCACUUUGGAAGUUAUAUCGAGUUAUAUUUUACGUCAUAUAAAGUAUGGAUUUCUAAGAGUGUACAUACACAUGUAAAUGCUUAAUUUAAAUGCAGAAAGUUUUAGACCCUGGGGAACAGGAAAAUUGGUUAAUUUACUGUGCGUGUACAUAACUCAUCAUUUUUCUCACGACCAUAGUAAUAUUUAUGAAUUAAAUUUACGUAUGUACAUAUGUACAACAUAUUUAUUGUUACUUCUAAAAAACUGGGAUACAUGCAUAUACUUGUUUGUGGUUUAGCAGUGUGAUUUAACAGUGCGAUUUAACAGAUUUAUGUAUGUACAUACAUAAGUGCAUAUUUUACUCACUUGCAAAUUUCAAAGAUUUAUAUACGUGUCUGAGCUUUGUGCAUAGUGUGUAUUAUAUUUUAUGGAAAAGAAGUUGAUGAAUUUGUUAUUAGCAAUAAGCGAUAAACAUGACUAUGUAUAAUUUGUUAAAUAGGUUAGUGCAACAAUUAUCAUUCGGCGUGUAUUUAAGAAAUUAUCUAAAUAUAUAUACGUAUAUUUUUGGCUCUGGUUAAUAUGAUUAAUAUGAUUAAUAUUAAGUGUUACUGGCUACAUGAAUUCUUAUCUUCGGACUCAAUUGGCUUUAGCUAAGUAGAUUAUUUUUAAUAUAAUUACUAAUUCUGUUGUACUCUAUGGGCUGUUGUCCGAAAGGGUCUAAAUAAAUCUUUUAUCAAUAUCAA